AUGAGUCAGACCUCAUAUUCUGUGAAGCAGACCUCUUUUCCGACCCCUUGGGGGGUACGGUACUUCAAGCGCGUAGAGGAACGGACAGGACACUACACAUCCAGUCGCAGUGAGUCACGCUAUGGAAGCGGGAUAAACUAUUCUUGGUCCUCAAAGUCAGUCACAGCAUCGUCAUAUUCAUGCUAUAAAGCGCAUUAUCCGCUUCUUUACGAAAAGCUGAAAUCACCCAGGGCUGCGCGCAAAAACUUCAAAGACUGGAAGGCAAGCGUCGUGCAGCUACCGCCGGAAACUCGCCCUGCGCUGCCGCCGCAAGAGCUUACCUUCACCGAGCUCAAGCCGAUGACGGACAAGCGCGGAGAGCUUCUCGUCCUCUCGUGUAGCCUUCAGCCGAGCUAUCCCAAUUUUGCCUUGACUUGCACGACAGAGUUCACGGACCGGCGCGAGGUGCGCAACGGGACGGUCCUCUCUAAUUUGCGCGGCGCAGGCGUAGUAAUAUCCACGACGGCAAAUUCAUGGAGGAUUUUGAUCGAGUGGAUGGGGUGGAACGGUGAUAUGCUUCGGGAUGCGCUGGGAAGUGAAACCAUGGACUCGCUGGAAGAAGUGAAAGCCGUGCGAAAAGGGGACAGCGCCGUUGCUCCAACUACGGCGCAGUUUGACAAGAAGGUCACCGUGCCUAGCGAGUAUGAGGUUGAUCGGAUAUGGUCAAAGACGAAGGGGUUCUAUAAUGUGGAAAUUUACAUUCCAAAGAGGACGUACAAACAUAAACUCUUGGGCACACGUUGGUGA